UGUCUUUUGGACAAUAGUCACAAAAUGUAUAAAAUUGCAUUUUUAUUAUCGUUAACAGUGCUAAUAUCUGCCUCGCCGCAGACGUUCGACAGGAAGCACUUUAAAGUGGGCAUUGAAUAUGAGCGUUCUCUACCGAUGACCGGAGGCUCUGACAGAUACAAACACAGAAAUAACUUCGACCCAUUCUACGUAACAGUCACUGCAUCCGCUAAGAAGAAUUACGUGAUUUCCUAUAUGGAAGUAUCAACAACAACAGACGCGGAUGGCGAUGUGGUGUUCAGUCUGGUGCGGGGAGACACCGGCUCCAAGAGUUUGGUGUUCCAACUUGUAUCCAACAACACUGAAUUCCUGUCUUUCUCCUACAUAGUGUAUGGCAUCAAGGAGGAUGAGUACAAAAAGGUAAUGAAUAUAAUAACCCUCCCAAGAAACAACAGCUGGCGAUCUCAAUGCCAGUUUUAUUCCAUUGUAAUACUUAUCUUAUUAGCAUUAGGUUAUAAAUAAAUCACAUACGAAUAAUGACAUCAGGAUUUUAUUCUCCUACUUAUGUAUCUAUU